AGGGGUGGCGGAGCCAUGGGGUCGCGGAGGGCCGUGGGCCGGGGCUGGGGCCUGGGUGGACGGGCAGGGGCGGGUGGCGAUGGUGAGGACGACGGGCCGGUGUGGACACCCGGCCCGGCUAGUCGCAGCUAUCUGCUCAGCGUGCGGCCGGAGACUAGCUUAUCAAGCAACCGGUUGUCUCACCCCAGCUCUGGAAGGAGCACCUUCUGCUCCAUCAUUGCUCAGCUCACAGAAGAGACCCAGCCACUAUUUGAGACCACACUCAAGUCCAGGGCUGUGUCGGAAGACAGUGACGUCAGGUUCACCUGCAUUGUCACAGGAUACCCAGAGCCAGAGGUGACCUGGUACAAGGAUGACAUAGAGCUGGACCGUUACUGUGGCUUGCCAAAAUACGAGAUUACCCACCAGGGCAACCGUCACACCCUGCAGCUGUACAGGUGCCGGGAAGAAGAUGCUGCCAUCUACCAGGCCUCUGCCCGCAACACCAAGGGCAUCGUGUCCUGCUCAGGGGUCCUAGAAGUGGGCACUAUGACCGAGUACAAGAUUCACCAGCGCUGGUUCGCCAAGUUGAAGCGCAAGGCUGCAGCCAAGAUGCGUGAGAUCGAGCAGAGCUGGAAGCAUGGGAAGGAGGCAUCAGGGGAAGUAGACACCCUUCGCAAGAUCAGCCCUGACCGCUUCCAAAGGAAGCGCCGACUGAGUGGGGCCGAGGUGGCCGCCCCCUCGGCCCCCAUCAGGGAAGCGGAGGAAGGGUCCUCAGCAGCCUGGCCAGAAGGAGAGACUGAGUCUGCACAGCACCCAGGUUUGGGUUUGAUCAACAGUUUUGCUCCUGGAGAGGUACCCACCAAUGGGGAACCUGCCCCAGAGAAUGGCGAAGAUGGGGAUCAUGGCUUGCUGACCUAUAUCUGUGAAGUCAUGGAUCUGGGACCUCAGAGCACUCCUCCAAAGGAGUCUGGAGCUAAGAAGAAAAGGAAAGACGAGUCUAAGCUGGGAGCUCAGAAGCCAGAGUUAGAAAAGGCAGAGGGAAGCCAGUGCUCUUCAGAAAAUAGCAUUCUCAGUACAGACAAACCCAAUUCCAGUAGAAGAGAGAAACCCACGGAUUCGCAGCCAGCUCAGACCCAGCCCAGAGGCAGGGAAGCAAGGGGAACUGGGCCUUCUGGAAUAGAAAGUACCAGGAAGUCAGCCUCUGUGGGCACUCAAGACAAGGUUCAGGGUGCUCCUGCCCCAGCCCUGGUCUCUGCCCCAGCCCCUGCACGGGUCCCAGCCUCCGUCCCAGCCCCAGCCCUGGCCCCGGCCUCCGUCCCUGCCCCUACCCCAAGCUUCAGCUCAGAGCAGGUAUAUUUCUCCCUGAAGGACAUGUACAUGGAGAACACCCAGGCAGGCAGGUCUCAAGGAGAGGAGAUGCUUCCACCCACAAGAACCAGGGUGCCUGGAGAAAGUCCCUCAGGGAAGGUACCUACAGCCUCUGGCCAGCCCACACCUUCCAUGGUCCCCCCACCCAUUAAGCCUUUGAAUAGGAAGAGAUUUGCUCCUCCUAAACCCAAAGUAGAGCCCACUACCACUCCUUCCUCAAGUCAGAGUCCAGACGCUGUGGCCCAGAGCGUAGGGAAGGCCCUACCUCCAGCCUCUGCCCAGGUCCCAACACCCCCUGCCCGACGGAGACAUAGCACCCGAGAUAGCCCCUCGCAAGGACGGACAAGUGACAAGACUUCAGGAGAGGCUCUGGAGUCCCAAGCAGCCAGCAGCAGCCCUGGAAAUCAAGGUGUCAUGGAGCCCAUGGAUACUGAUGCUCAAGAGGACGGGAGGACACAGGUUGAUGGGAGAACGGGAGGCAGGAGGGAAACACAGACAGAUGGAAAGCUGCACGUGGAUGGAAGGACUCAGGGAGAAGGAGCACAAGCCCCCCAGAGGGCACAGUCGGGUGAGAAGGGACAGGUGGACGCCGUGACACAAGGAAGCGAAAGGCCACCGUCAGAUGGGGGCUCACAGAGACGGGAGGACACAAAGGUGGGGCAGACACAGGCAGAUGAGAUGUUGCAGCGAAACCCAAGGGACACAAGGACCCGGGAAGAGAAGGAGACACAGUUAGUGGACAGCAUCUCCACCGCUUUCAACCCCCAAUCAGAGCAGCCCUCUGUGGCCAGCCUCAGCUCACCACCCACAGCCCUCAAACUCUCACCAUCAGAGUGCCCUAGAGCCGAUCAGAUCAUGGAAUGUUUUGAGAUGAGCCCAGAAGCAUCUCGUGUCCAAGAAAAAUCUUGUUUCAUGCUUAGUUCUGAAGAGCCAGCAGUGACAGCCUUCAGAAGUGAUGAGGACGUUCUAAGUCCCCUGCCAGGCAAUCGCAUGUGCCCAGCACAGCUGCCUCCUGAGGGGGACUCAGAGCAUUUGGGAGGAAAAACCAGUCAAAGGCCAGGUCUGGUUAAGGCUAAGCAAGAAGACAACCUGUUUCAGUGUCCCAAGGAGGAGGAGCCCCGGGAAACACUGUAUGUGGAUCUCCCUGGUGGGCAUUCAACUGACUUGAGUCAGACGGUGCCCACCCUGCCUUCUUCCGGGCCUGAUCUGACCAACAGACUGCAGGAGGGGCUAUCCAGUCCCACAGCUUCUCAGCACGUGAGCUCGGACGAUUUCCUCCCCUCCACGGACUGGGACCUGUUGAGUUCUGCUUCCACUCUGCAACUGGGGCCAGGGUCCCCCACCCAAAGUCACCCACCAGAAGCCAUGGCCACCAUCAGUGAGGGAGCCUGUGCCAAGGAGCCAAAUGUGGAGGGGAGGUCGUUGGGGACCCGGAGCUGUGACCCUGGGCUUAUAGACUCCCUGAAGAACUACUUGCUUCUGCUGCUGAAGCUCUCCAGCCCCGAGACGGGUGAGGUCACGGCACAGUCCCAGGGAGAGGCUGCCACUGGAGGCCUAGCUUCCUCCUCUACUCUGGUCCCCACUGUGGAAGUGGCUGGCCUGAGUCCCAGGACAUCAAGGCGCAUCCUGGAGCGUGUGGAGAACAACCACUUGGUGCAGAGUGCACAGACCCUGUUGCUGAGCCCCUGCACCUCCCGCCGCCUUACUGGUCUCCUGGACCGUGAGGUGCAGGCUGGCCAGCAGGCCCUGGCUGCUGCCCAGUGCUCCCGGGGCCCGUGUCCCAGCCCCCUCACCAUCCCUGCCAUUGUGGUGGGUGAGGAAGGAUCUGGUGCUGGAGAGGGAGGGGAUUCCAGGGAGGAGGCCUCCCAGGAAAGUGACAAGAACGGACUACUAGGGGAAGUGAAUGAGCAAACAGUAAAGAGCAGGACCCAGGAAUCCUGCCAAGAAGAAGCGACCCCAGGGGAGGCUUUGACAGGCCUCCCUGCAGCUACACCCGAGGAACUGGCCCUAGGGGCUCGGAGGAAGAGGUUCCUCCCUAAGGUCAGGGCCACCUCAGAUGGAGAUGCCAACAAGGCUGAAGAAAGGGAGAGCCCUACAGUUUCCCCUCGGGGACUCAGGAAGGGCCUGACCCCUGGAUCCCUAGGGACUCCAGGGCGGGAGAGACGCUCCCCCACCCAGGUCCGAAAGACCAGCAUGUUAGAGGUGCCUGGGGCAGAAGAAGAGCCUGCAGCAGGAGACCUGGGCUCCAGACCCAAAGCCAGUGGCCCGGACACAGAGCCCGCCCUGGAGGAAGGCAAGCAAGAAGCUCUAGCCAAGCCAAGGAAAGCCAAAGACCUGCUAAAAGCCCCACAGGUGAUCCGGAAAAUCCGGGUGGAGCAGUUUCCAGACUCUUCUGGCAGUCUGAAGCUCUGGUGCCAGUUUUUCAACAUUGUUAGUGACUCAGUCUUGACUUGGGCGAAGGAUCAGCACCCAGUGGGCGAGGUGAGCAGGAGUGCAGGGGAUGAGGGGCCGGCAGCUUUGGCCAUUGUGCAGGCAUCUCCGGUGGACUGUGGCAUGUAUCGCUGUACCAUCCAUAAUGAGCAUGGCUCUACCUCCACUGACUUCUGCCUCAGCCCUGAGGUGCUGUCCAGCUUCAUCUCCAGAGAGGAAGGUGAAGUUGGAGAAGAGAUUGAGAUGACCCCUAUGGUGUUUGCUAAGGGUCUGGCUGACUCUGGCUGCUGGGGGGACAAGCUCUUUGGGAGAUUGGUGAGCGAGGAACUCCGAGGGGGUGGACAUGGAUGUGGCCUUCAGAAGGUUUCCCAGGCCAAGGUCAUCUAUGGGCUAGAACCCAUCUUCGAAUCCGGCCGCACGUGUGUCAUCAAGGUAUCCAGUCUGCUUGUGUUUGGACCCAGCAGCGAGACUUCUCUUCUGGGCAGAAACUAUGAAGUCACUAUCCAGGGGUGCAAGAUCCAGAACAUGAGUCGGGAGUACUGCAAAAUCUUUGCAGCUGAAGCCCGGGCAGCACCUGGCUUUGGGGAGGUACCUGAGAUCAUCCCGCUCUAUUUGAUCUACCGGCCUGCAAACAAUAUACCAUAUGCUACCCUGGAGGAAGAUCUGGGAAAGCCCCUGCAGUCUUACUGUUCCCGGCAAUGGGGCUGUGCUGGGGCCCCAGCAGCAUCUGGCAGCUCCGAGGCCAUGCAGAAAUGCCAGACCUUCCAGCACUGGCUGUAUCAGUGGACGAAUGGCAGCUUCCUUGUCACAGAUUUGGCAGGGGUUGACUGGAAGGUGACUGAUGUACAGAUUGCUACCAAGCUUCGAGGAUACCAAGGCCUCAAGGAGAGCUGUUUCCUUGCCCUGCUGGACCAGUUUGCCUCUUCCCACCAGUGCAAUACCUACUGUGAGAUGCUGAGGCUGAAAUCCCUCAAGGUCUCUGAAGCUGCCCACCCCCAAGCCAAGGCCAAAGGCUCCAAGAGUCCAUCUUCUGGCAGGAAAGGCUCCCAGCUGAGCCCCCAGCCUCAGAAGAAAGGUGUUCCUAGUCCUCAGGGCUCCCGGAAGAAUGCUCCAAGCUUCAAGACCACACCUCAGGCCUCUGAGCCAGUUACUGUUCAGUUACUGGGACAGACCCCUGCCCGAGAGGGGAGCUCUAAGAUCCAGGGUAUGCGGUAGCCCCAACAGGAGGCGGGGGGCCUCCAUUUGACAGCAGACCAACAGGAAGCAGCUUGAACCAGACAGAGAUGUUUUCAAUUCAGGACUAAUCAGAGAAGGUGCCCAAAGCAGGUACCUCUUGGGGACUUCUCUGAGUAGUUUCACCUCAGUGAAAGGCUUUGGGCAUGGCACAUGACCUGUUGGCCUCUUCUAAUGCCGUUAUUGCCCAAGGCUCCCAGGCUUCAAGUGGGGCCCACCUCCAAGUGCCUGGUGGCCUUGGCCCUCAUUUACGUUUACACUUGCCACUGCUGGAGGCUCCCUGAGUCCUCUGCAUGAGCUCUGCACUCUUGACCCAGCUGCCACAUGAGCAAAUGUUGUGCUCUGGGGCCUGCGGUCAGCAUUUACCUUUCACCAGUGCUGUGCUUGUCCUGGCUCUCUUGCUGUGCUCAGGGCACCAGACUUCCUGUGGGGUCUAGCCUGUGACUCUCAGGGUUUCAUCUCCUCUCAGCUUCUUUGCCUUAUUCAUCACAGCUUAUCCUGUAACUAACCUGUCCCGAGUCCAGAUGGGAACCAGGGCCCUUUUGGAGCUCAUCCUGUCUUUGUGCAGAGUUUUGUUUUGCUUUGUUUUGGAUGAUUCAUGUUCUUGUCACUCCAGCACUUACUUGUUUCCCAUGCUUCCUUGCACACACCCCCAUUCCAGGCUUUGAACCCAGUGCGGUCUGCUGCCUGCCCUUCACUAGCUUUUGCUUGUCCCUUUGUCCACAGGCUCCUUCCAUCCUGACCUUGCACCCUCCCCACCAAUGGCUGGGUGAGAACAGCCUCUCUGGCUUCACCCCACCCCAGUGCACUCUGCCCUGGCUCUCCCUGCUUCUCUGCUCAGGAGGAGGGAGGUAGCAUGAGCGCAUGUGAACGGCUUGGGCCAGAGGGAGGGCUUUGAUUCUGAGGCACCUUGUACUCUGUUCUGAUAGCAGUGAGGUUGCAGUCAAUGUCACAUCUCUGUCCUGAAGGAAGAGAUGACUGGGACUCUUCCUCAGGAGGGAGGGGGACACAGGAUGUCCCAGGAGGGUUGCAAUCGCUUAUGUGUUCAGGUUGAGAAGGACGUCUCUGUACCUACCUCCAACCAUUGCUCUUGAUCCUGGGGCUCAACUCCAGAUGCUCAGGUGUGGGUUCCCAGGGAAGUUCUGUGCUGGGUGGGUCCUUCUAGACACCCCUCCUUGAGACCUAGGAUGGGGUAGGUCUGGAGCUAGCCUGCUCCCCUUGUUAUGCAAUAAAGGCAGCAACUGUGUGUCCUGUUUGUUACCCUCA